AUGAAUAUGCAAAGUAUAAAAUGUGUGGUGGUCGGUGAUGGAGCUGUAGGAAAGACAUGCUUACUGAUAUCGUAUACCACCAAUGCGUUUCCAGGAGAAUACGUGCCCACUGUUUUCGACAAUUACUCUGCAUCCGUAUUGGUAGAUGGUAAACCGGUUUCUUUAGGGUUAUGGGAUACAGCGGGACAAGAGGACUACGAUCGGCUCCGUCCGUUGUCAUAUCCUCAAACAGAUGUUUUCUUAGUUUGUUUCUCAGUAGUAUCCCCUCCGUCGUUUGAAAAUAUACGCACAUGGAUCCCCGAGAUCAACCAUCACGCACCUGGAGUACCCAUAAUUCUAGUCGGUACCAAAUUAGAUUUACGUGAAGACCCAGUGACACUUCAACGGUUGAGAGAACGUAGAUUUUCACCUAUAACCUAUCAAAUGGGCGCUGCUUGCGCGAGAGACGUUGGUGCUGUCAAGUAUCUGGAAGCAAGUAGUAAGACCCAAAAAGGACUCAAAAAUGUGUUUGACGAAGCUAUAAGAGCGGUUCUCCAACCUACGGAAAGACCAGGUCCAGGAGGGACGAAGAAGAAGAAGAAGCAAUGUGUGAUAUUAUGA